GCCGCGUUUUCUGCGUUUUUAUGUUUUUUCCCCUGAAGAAAACCUUAAGGCUCCAGAACUGGUACAGAGAUGGCGACUGCUGUUAAAGCCAAUCCUCGUCAAGCAUGGAACUCCCUACAAAAUCAAGCGGUAAUUUGCAGUUCAUGCAGCUAUAAAUGGAGUUUGGGCAGUUUCAUGAGCUUUAAAAGGGGCGUGUUUAACCAAGAUUUGCAAGGGAAAGGGGCGAGGAAGAAAAUUGGGCCAAUAUCAGUCACUAACGGUGAAGUGAAAAUCAUCAAUGGCUGCUUGGGGAAGUUUCGCGAUGCGGCGGAGGAAGACAUGAGGUUCGUGGAAGCGUUGAGGGAGGCUCAGUCAUACGUUUAUUUGCAUCGAGGAAACACGUUUGUUUUGCUCUUGUCGGCCGAAAUUGUCGCCAGUCCUUACUUGGAUUCCAUUCUCAAGGAUAUUGCGUUUCUGCAUCAUCUAGGGAUCAGAUUUGUUAUUGUUCCGGGAACUCACGUGCAAAUCGACAAGCUACUGGCUGAGAGAGGGCAUGAACCGAAGUAUUAUGGAAGAUAUAGAAUAACGGACCCUGAAUCUCUAGCUGCUGCAACGGAAGCUGCAGGAGGGAUUCGUCUAAUGAUAGAGGCUAAGCUUUCUCCUGGGCCUUCUAUUUGUAAUGUUCGUCGACAUGGUGAUAGCAGCCGUUGGCAUGAAGUUGGUGUCAGUGUUGCUAGCGGGAACUUCCUUGCAGCCAAGAGAAGGGGAGUUGUAGAAGGUGUUGAUUAUGGAGCAACUGGUGAAGUAAAGAAAGUAGAUGUCGCUCGCUUGCGUGAGAGGCUUGAUGGUGGUUGUAUAGUAAUAUUAAGCAACCUGGGGUAUUCUAGCUCUGGUGAAGUUUUGAAUUGCAACACGUAUGAAGUUGCCACAGCUUGUGCAUUAGCUCUUGGAGCAGAUAAGCUUAUUUGUAUUAUCGAUGGCCCAAUUUUGGAUGAGAAUGGACGCCUUGUUAAUUUCUUGCCGCUCCAAGAAGCAGAUAUGUUAAUCCGUCAACGGGCCAAGCAAAGUGAGAUAGCUGCUAAAUAUGUCAAAGCUGUUGAUGAAGAAGAUCUCACUAGUGGUGGACAUGAUGAUACUUCAGUUGUUCACUCUUCACAAAAUGGGAAGGCUCUUAAUAGUACUCAUAAUCCUACCUUUCAGAACGGCGUUGGUUUUUAUAAUGGCAAUGGACUAUGGUCUGGAGAACAGGGCUUUGCCAUUGGAGGUCAGGAGCGGCUAAGUCGAGAUAAUGGCUACCUUUCAGAGUUGGCUGCUGCAGCCUUUGUCUGCAGAGGUGGUGUCCAAAGAGUUCAUUUGUUAGAUGGCACUAUCGGUGGGGUCUUAUUGUUGGAACUGUUCAAAAGAGACGGGAUGGGAACAAUGGUGGCUAGUGAUCUAUAUGAAGGGGCCAGGAUGGCUAUGGUGACAGAUCUUGCUGGAAUCAAGCAAAUCAUACAACCUUUAGAAGAGUCUGGCACAUUGGUUCGCAGGAGUGAUGAAGAGCUACUAAAAGCCCUAGAUUCAUUUGUUGUUACGGAAAGGGAAGGUCAAAUCAUUGCUUGUGCUGCUCUAUUUCCUUUCUUCAAGGACAAAUGUGGAGAAGUUGCUUGUAUCGCAGUUUCUCCUGAAUGUCGAGGACAAGGACAAGGAGAUAAAUUGCUUGAUUAUAUCGAGAAGAAGGCAUCCUCUCUUGGAUUGGAUAUGCUUUUCCUGCUAACCACUCGUACUGCUGACUGGUUUGUAAGGCGUGGCUUUGGAGAAUGCACAAUUGACAUGAUACCGGAAGAAAGGAGGAAAAAGAUUAAUCUAUCCCGUAACUCUAAGUAUUACAUGAAGAAAUUGUUGCCAGGUCGGAGUGGAAUUACAGCUGAUAGAGCAUUUACAUGAGCUUGCAACUGAUAAGUACCUCAUCUAGUCAGAGCUAACCAGGACUGCAGAGGUUGAUUUGAUUUUCUAUGCAUCAGGUUUCUGUCAUGAACCGUGAUUUAUGAUUGCCUGAAAACAUCUUUGUUGUA